AUGUGUACUGAAAGUGAUCAAUCUACGAUCAAUCGUGUAUCCUGCUUCUUGAAUAUGAACGAUUCACAGAACCAGAACAAUUUCGAUUUUGUACCAAAGUCUGAUUAUAAUGAGAAAUUGCAUCUGGAAAAUAAAUGUCUUUUUCAUAAUCAACAAUUUCUUGAAGGAGAAAAAUGUGGAAUAAGAAAACGAUGCACGAUAAAUUCGUUGACAUGUGAUCAUUGUUCAUCUUUUGGGGAAAAAUUGAAGUCAAAAACAGAUGGAAAUUUAGAUGAAAAAUCAGGCGAUUGUGAUGAAAAAUUUAUAAAAGAUUCUAUAGAAAAUAUACAAGAACCUACUGAAUGGAAAUGGAAAAAUCCUUAUAGUAUUUCCGAUUUUGAUAGGUCGAAGUAUUGUCGACACAACUUUGCAGAAAAUGAUUUUACUACGAAUUUAUUACGUGAUUUGUGUGACAAAGACAGUCGUUUCAAAGUUCCUUCAAAAAUUGAUAACAACAAAAAUAUUUUGUAUAAUUUUCGUGAAUAUUUGGUCAAUUAUCAAGCAUCUUGUGGUAUUCCACGAACAGAAUAUUCUUUUCUGGCUCUUAUUAGUAUGAUGGGUCGAGCAACAGGUCGAUCUCUUCUUGCAUUAUUGUAUGUCAUGUUGAACAUUAUACCUGUUAUGGAGGUAUUCCUAUAUUUAUUGCGAUUUGUUCUGGACAAAGUUAUUAGCAUAAACAACUGUAAGGACUUCCGGCAAAUGAUGACUCAAUGUGUAAUAUUUAUAACAGAAUUAUUCAGUGUUUACAUAUGUCUAUUAUUUAUAUUCGGUUUUAUUAUCUUACCGAUUGUACACAUAGUAUUUGACAUAGUAGCAAAGAUUAUGUUUUAUUAUUAAAGGCAAAUAAUAUUUACGUAUAAUUGAAUGAUUACAAACUAUAAUUAUUGAGAAUUGUUUAUACAUGUAUAAUUAAAAAAUUUUCAUUAUAUUAUCUUUAGAUCAAACUUAGUUUUAUUUUCUAACUUAUUGUUAUCAAAAUCUUGUAAAGAAUAUCAUAUGUAUGUAUUCUUUGAAAUUUUUAUAUUCAUAUAUAAUUUUCUUUUAAUUAAA